AUGCUCAAUCGACUUCUCCGGCCGCAGGCGCCGCUGCGUGCAGCCUCCUCCCUUCUCCAAAAACCCGUUUCCGCCGCUCUCCCACGCUUUCAAUUCCGAGGAGUACAUCAUAUGCCCCAAUUAAUACACGGCUCAAACUUCAAGGAAAAUGGCAUUUCGGAGUUUCUAUCGCCAGAGGCGUUUGACUUUGCCUGGACACAAUAUCAGUCUCUCAUGCUCGAUAAACUCAACUUGUUGACACAGGACACCGUGGAUGCCGACCUGAAGCCCGCAGACUUGCUGGUCAAGUACUCCCGUCGCGCGGAGAUGGCAUCCGUGUUCAACCACGCUUCUAUGGCCCACAACAACCACUUCUUCUUCAACUGCCUGUCCCCCGUCCAGACCGAGAUCCCCGAUAACUUAGCCAAGACCAUUAUCGACACCUGCUCCUCCGUCGAAUCCCUCAAGCUCGACUUCCUCGCUACCGCCAACGCGAUGUUCGGUCCUGGGUUUGUUUGGCUAGCCAAGAACCUCGAUAGGAAGGGAAUGAUCCAAAUUAUCUGCACUUACAAUGCCGGCUCGCCGUACCCGGCUGCACACGCCCGCCGACAGUCCGUCGAUAUGGCCACAAACGCCUCCCUGGGCAACCAAUACGCGGGCUCGAUGGGCUCCCUCUCUGCAAACACUAAGGAACUGGCUCCUGGAGCUCUCGACCUUGAGCCGAUUCUCUGUGUCAACACGUGGGAGCAUGUCUGGAUGAUGGAUUACGGUGUCGGCGGCAAGGCUGAGUACCUGGAGCGGUGGUGGAACCGGAUCAACUGGGAGGUUGUGCUUGAGAACUACAAUGCGGCUUCCACGUUGCGGGGAAACCGGACUGCCGGUGACUGGCGCAGAACCAUUUAA